AGCCUACGACGAGUUACAAACAGAGCUGAAUUGUUUUCAUAUUCAAAGAAAUUCUGGUGAUACAACACAACUGUUAAUUUAUAAAAUUCCGAAACGAUAUAAUUCGCCUCAGCUCUACAAAUUAUUUAUUUGGCUAAAAAUGGGGCCGCCUGUUUAUACUGAUUUAGGCAAAUUAGCCCGCGACUUAUUUAGGCGAGGCUACCAUCCUGGUCUAUGGCAGUUGGACUGCAAGACUAUGACCAGCUCUGGCAUCGAGUUUUUCACGACUGGCUUUGCCAGUCAAGAUGCCAGCAAGGUGAUGGGCUCCCUGCAGAGCAAAUACAAUAUAGAGGAUUAUGGCAUAACGCUUACUGAACGCUGGAACACGGAUAAUCUACUCUAUGGCGAGAUUGCGCAAAAGGAUAAGUUAGCCGAGGGCCUAUUGCUGGCAUUGGAGGGACGUUUUCAGCCAUCAUCGGGAGACAAGGAGGGCAAAUUUAUGGCUCGUUAUGCCCAGGAGAGCUAUAACAUUUUAGGCAAAAUAGAUAUCAAGUCAGACCCAUUAGUGGGUCUGUCAUUAGUGCUUGGUCACAAAGAGUUUUUGGGCGGAGCUGCCGUUGACUGCGAUAUAAACGGUGGCAAUGUAGCCUGGAAGGUUGCGCUGGGCUGGACCAAUGAAACAACUACGCUGCACGCAGAACUAAUAAAUGCUGAGGGCUGGCUACUCUCGCUAUUCCACAAGGCUAACCAACAAAUAGAUGCCGCUGUUGAGAUCGGCAAGCCAGUUGCAGCGGAAGCAACCGAGGAGGGCCAGGAACCGGUAGAGAGUGAGUUGAACAUAGGUGUGGGCAUGAUCUAUCAUUUGGAAGGUGACGCUCUGAUACGUGCCAAAAUUAACAACAAUGCCGAACUGGGCCUGGGAUACCAGCAGAAGCUACGCGAAGGCAUCACCAUGUCAAUAUCAACUGUUCUCGAUUGCAAAAAUAUCACCGAAGGAAAUCACAAGUUUGGCGUUGGCCUUUCCUUGGAGUGUUAACAGUUGUCCCUAUCGCCACUAAAUUAGUUACUAUUUUUAUUCUGUUACCAUUUCGCGGUUUUAAAUUGAUGUCCUGUUAUAGUGCUGCAUAUCUGCGAAUGUGGCAACUAAAACAAGUCAAAGAUACUUCUGAAAAAUGGACGUCUUCCCUCAUUAUUGGAAUCAGUCAAAUUGCAUAAUUUUCAGGUUGAACAAUUGAAGAAUCAUUCUUUUAUCAAUCGAUUUUUGAAGUUAUAUCUUUAUGGAAAAUAUUGCAAAGGCCGUGUUUCUGGUAUUUCUGGCACUUUGGCCCGACUCUUAAAACCAAAUUAUAGUAACUUGCCGCUAUUUUCAAUUUGAAUCAACCGCACUCCACGUUUAAAGUUAUAUUUUACAAAAUGUUAAAAAAAAAAUACUUAAUCCAUAAAUUAAAAAACCAAAAGCUGAAAUAAACGCUUCCCGCUAAAUUUA